AUGAGAAAUGGACAAGAUAAAGUUCCAACGGUUCUAAUGCUUAAUAACAACAAAAAACUACACUCGUUUGGACAUGAAGCGCAAAAUAAUUACUACAAUCUUGAACCUAAAGAAACAACAAAGUUUUACUAUUUUGAACAUUUCAAAAUGGCUUUGCACAACGAGAAGGAAUCCCUAGCCAAACUAAUGCUACAAAGCUCUAAUGGCCGAAGACUUUCGGCAAAGACUGUUUUUACCCUAUCUCUAAAGUAUCUCUGUCAGCUAGCAAUAUCGGAAAUAUCCGAUCAGAUUGGCUUCAAACUGUCCCCCGAAGACGUCACCUGGGUGAUCACUGUGCCUGCCAUUUGGAGUGAAGGGGCUAAGGCAUUCAUGCGACAGGCUGCCAUUGAGACAACGCUCGUCAUUGACAAACAGCUGUACAUUGCUCUUGAACCAGAGGUGGCGUCGCUUUAUUGCCGCAAAACAUAUCACCAAGAACAGUCGAAAAAAUUGAAUAUUGAAUUGUCUAUUUGCCUUAUUCAAGCAGGUACCAACUACGUUAUCAUCGAUGCCGGCGGGGGAAGUGUCGAUUCUGAUGGCGAAGGCAUUGUAAAUCCGGCAAUCGAAAAACUGUUUAAAAGAGAAAUCGAGGUUGAAAUGCUUUUUGGGCAAAGCGAAAUCAAGAUAACUGUGAGAGAUGAAUUGGGAAAAAUUGUCAAAUCAAGCAUUGACUUUCUUUCGAAUAGCUAG